CGGAAUUUUAUCAGAAAGCAGAGAGCUGGCGUGGCAGUGACGCCCUUCCCUGAUGCACCCAUCCCAUUAAAUAAUCACCUUUAACUACCACAAUCAUCCUUCUGACAUACACACCCACACGCCAAUCUCUGAGAGACUGAGACGCGUACAGCAAAAGAUAAAGAAGAAAUGGUGGUAAAGCCGUUUGUUUCCUCUGCUUGCUUCACUGGGUUUUCACUUCCACCAGUUCUUUGCCCUCCUCAUCUCAAUCAAAGGUGUUUACUUUCAUCAUCGGCGAAUCCGCAGCGAUGUAGCAUUGGGAGUAACCGAAAAGUUUCCAACUUCAGAAUUCCGAAGUCUGGCCUGAGAGGGAACUUGGCGUCCACCGGAGUUCCGACGUCGGUUCCAGUCCGUGUUGCGCACGAGUUAUUUCAAGCUGGACACCGAUAUUUGGACGUCAGGACUCCAGAGGAGUUCAGUGCAGGACAUGCCUCUGGGGCUAUUAACAUCCCUUACAUGUACAGAGUUGGAUCAGGGAUGGUAAAGAACCCCAACUUUCUGGCAGAAGUAUCAUCCCAUUUUGGAAAAUACGAUGAAAUUAUUGUUGGUUGCCAGAUUGGGAAAAGGUCGUUCAUGGCUGCCACUGAUCUAUUAGCUGCUGGUUUUAGUGGAAUUACAGACAUAGCUGGUGGGUAUGCUGCAUGGACACAGAAUGGACUUCCAACACAAAUGUGAAGUGUAUUUGCUCACAGAAUCCUCACCUACUGAUAUAAGAGAACUCAGGAAGAGCAAAGGUCACAUGCAGAAAAUAAUGUGCCAGUUUUAUAGCUAAAGAAAUCCUGGUAAAAGGUAUACUGAGAAUGUAUAUAAAAUAAAAAAAUAGAAAAGGAAGCCCAUGUAUGAUCUGUGUUGACACAAAAAUAACAGAUGAUUAAAUCCUUGUCAACUUUGUAAAGAAUAUGGUGUGGCAAGAUACGUGUUUAUGAUCUUAAGUGUCUCA